AUGGACGACGUGGAGGUGGUGGCACAGAGCCGCAAGGUCAGGGAACCGAGCAUGGGGCUUGGGGACGGUGCUCCGCCCCAAGUUGAUGCCGUGGAAGGCCGGGGGAGCGGGAUGGUGCAGCUGCAUUGCCAGGCGGCCGGCAGUGUGGCUCCCCAGUCGGAGGAAGCCGCACUGGGCAUGGGUCCUGCUGUGGUCAGCAGUGGGAGCCCAGGACUGCAAAUCACAGGGCCGUCUGCCAGAAAGAUGGCCCCUGGUGGCGGGAGAUGGAACAGUAAGGCUGCUGUCUCCAGGACAACCAGUGUCGCUGGAGGAGCAUCCCACGAGCAG